AUGAAUUCCUAUUUUACAAACCCAUCUUUAUCCUGCCAUCUAACCAGUGGCCAAGAGGUGCUUCCCAACGUAGCCCUCAAUUCAACUGCCUAUGACCCUGUCAGGCAUUUUUCUACUUAUGGAGCAGCCGUUGCUCAAAACCGGAUUUAUUCUUCUCCUUUUUAUUCACCGCAAGAUAAUGUUGUGUUUAGCUCCAGCCGAGGACCUUAUGACUAUGGAUCUAAUGCUUUUUACCAAGAAAAAGACAUGCUUUCUAGCUGCAGGCAAAAUUCUAUGGGACAUAAUACACAGACAUCAAUCGCACAGGAUUUUACCAGUGACCAAAACAGGAACACUUCGCAAGAACAAAAAACUAGCAUUCAAAUAUACCCAUGGAUGCAGCGUAUGAACUCCCACAGUGGAGUGGGCUACGGGGCCGACCGCCGGCGGGGCCGCCAGAUCUAUUCCCGUUAUCAAACCUUGGAGCUGGAGAAGGAAUUUCACUUCAACCGGUACCUGACCCGGCGGAGGCGGAUCGAGAUCGCCAACGCUCUGUGCCUGACGGAGCGGCAGAUUAAAAUCUGGUUCCAAAACCGGAGGAUGAAAUGGAAAAAAGAAAGUAAUUUGAGUUCAACCCUCUCCGGGGCGGGGGGGGGGGGCCGCCGCGCCGCCGCCGACAGCUUGGCCAAGGAGGAGAAGCGAGAAGAGACAGAGGAGGAGAAGCAGAAGGAGUGA